AUGUACCAUCGCGUCCAUCUCCCUUGGCUCAGGCUACGGCACGACGAUUUGUAUUGGCGUGUCUUUCCUCAAUUCACCCGCAACUUCGUCAAGAUGGUCAUCGGCUCACCAUUGUUGUGCAUGGAGGGGAAGCGUCGAGUCACACAAUUUAUACAGUCAUCAUUCGUACAAUUACUAGUACAAUUAUUCCAAGACGUACAUAGCAGUCACGAGGAGUACAUCGUUAAGGACCAUUGGGUGAAAGGAAACAGUGAUGCUAUCUUAAACGAGGUGAAGAUGCUAGAAGAAGUGAAGGGUGUCGCCGGUGUUCCGAGACUUGUCGGAUACUGGCUCGUUCAGGCAGAGGAAGGUCACCCCGACGAGACACAGAGAUAUCGCAACAAAAUUGAAAACAGCACAGUUGGCGCGUACCGUACACACAUCCGUCUCGUCUUGAAACCUCGGGCUCGUCCUUUAUACAUGUUUCGAAGCAAGAAGGAACUUCUCAGAGUUUUACGCGAUAUUGUGCUUAUUCAACAGUGCGCGGUAGAAACACACCAAAUUCUGCACAGAGACUGCAGUCUGAAUAACAUCAUGAUAGAGGACUGUGAAGGCGGCAGUCGGGGGUCGUUGAUAGACUGGGAGUUCGCUUCGCGCAUUACAUCAGAUAAUACGUACCCUACUGGCGGAACGGGAUGA